AUGGAGCAGCUGAACGAGGUGGUGAAGUUCAUCCUCUACAAGAGCAGGGAGUCGAACCACCCGCUGACCGAGGUGAUGGCCUACUACCUGGCGCAGCUGCGGGAGGUCAAGGAGCUGGCGCUCAAGAAGAUCCAGGCCCGGGACCAACCUGCCAUGAAGACCCUGCUCAUGCAGGUGGCCUUCAACACCAGCCAGUUCGAGAUCGAGUCCCGCCGCGAAGAGGACAGCCGCGCCCGCGCCGAGGAGUCCGGCAAGCUCAUCGACGAGGUGAUCAAUCUCGAGGUCAAAUCCAGCAAGGAUUUCGAGGGCCUCACCGAGCUGUACAACAAGGUGUUCAACUAUCUGCUUUACAAGGCCCGGGAACUGACCAACCCCGCCGAGAUGGUCGACCAGGCCCACAGCGUCAACAAGGAGGUCGCGGCCGCACUUGAGUCCAUCAUCCCGCGCGCCGCCCUCAACCCCUUCGCCACCCUCAACCCCACCGAAAAGCUCAACCAGCUGAUCGAGCUGUCCAACCUGGUACUGGGCAUUCGGCUGUUCAACCAGGAGAUCCAGAAGGGCGGCCCAACGCUCAUCCCAGUGCGCGAGCUGCUGGACCACCCGGGGCGAGACCUGCUGCGGCUGGUCCGCAAGGAGGCCUCCGAGGUGAUCGAGCUCUGCGAGAACUACUCGAUCGUGUUCAUGCUGGACAUCGCGGACAUCACGACGGUGGCCUCUGAGGCGGAAAUGACGCGGUUCAAGGACGAACUGACCUUCCUGCGGCAGUACCUGAGCUACAUCGUCUCACUGCAGGAGGACAUCGAGAUCACCGAGAACGCCAUCGACAUCAACGAGACCCGCUUCCGCAAGGAAGUGCAGGACCUCAAGAAUCUGCUGGGCACCAAGACCAGCGCCCCCCAAGGAGCAGGUUUACCCCAAGUUCGCAGCUCUGGCCAACUCCUACACCCACCUCUUCGAGGAAGAAGAAGAUGGCCAGCUCCCGCAUCGACCUGCUCAACCUCCUCACACGAGGCCCGCAAGGAGCUGGCCAUCACCCUCACCAAGAAGGUCGUGCACCUCGCCAAGUCCACCCUCGCCACCGCCGAGUCCGUCAACUCCGUCAGCGUCGAGUUCAACUACGCCCUCACGGGCGUGGACCGGCUCAUGCCGCACGAAUCGCCUGACUUUAUGCAGACUCCGCUCGAUUUCCUGGGGUUCUGCGUUUGGUCGAUCGUCAAGAAGAAGGGACUGCUGCUGCCGGGCAAGCCGACCCUCGGAGUGUACCGCUACAAGGACAAGAGCUGUGUGUUCUCGACCGAGAAGUGCAUCAACGAGUUUCUGAAGGGCCCUGACGAGUACCUGGAGGGGGUGGCGGAGCAGUGCCGGCAGCACCCCGAGCUGAUCUACCUGCUGCGAAUGGAGGACUACUUCCGAGGAGUGGACCUGAACAUCGUGAACUACCUGCAGGAGGGCGCUCGGGUCAAGAGCAGCAUGAUGGUGGACAAGUCCACGCAGACCCCCCUGCACUUCCUUGAGAAGAACCUCGACCCCAGCUACUGCUGGAACGAAUGGGAAGCUGCGGAAGAAGGCCAUCCAGAUGGCCAACAUCCACCCUUCCUGCUCAAGGACACGGCCAGCAACACCAUGAAGCACCACGGCUUCAGCGCAGAGCGCUUCCCCAUCGAGGUGUACCCUCCCGAGGACGCCCGCGAACGGCCCCGGGUCUACAUCGCCGGCAUCCGGGACAAAACCCGCUCUUGA